AUGCCCUGCUUCAAGGGCAUUGCGGUGAGCGUUCACGCCAACGGAACCCCGCUGCCGGAAUAUGGCAUGCAGAAGCAGUCCAGGUUGUCACGCAUCAGCACCUACAUACCGGUUCCGCAGCCCUCGAUAAGCGAUGAUCCCAGCAAGCCCGAGCCUGCCAAAUUUGCCAUAUCCAUUACUCUCCUCACACCAGGCUUGCCGAUCCCCUACUCCGCACCCAAGCCGACCGAGGCCAAUCCCUACCCCAAGCCUCGAUUCGUCGGCGGCGUUCUUCCUGGCAUUCAUGGUGGCGGAUCUUUGGGAUACGUCAAUCCUUAUGUCCCCAUGACCAACUCGGAAAACGAGACGAUUGCCGCAUACAUUUACUUCGACGGCCGCGCCAAGGAAGAGGUUGCGACACUUCUUCGCCCCGGCGAAGAGACGUGGGUUAACAGCAGAUGGGUCCAAGUUCCAGACUCCGAGGGUGGUGGUCUUGCCGAACGCGAGUUUCUCUUUCGCGAAGUUGGCCUCGAGAGAUGGCUCAACGGCCUAGAUCUCCAAGGCCACGAUGCUGCCGAAAAGCUGGAGAAGCGUAGGCAAAAGUUUCAACGGCGCCAGCAGCGCCAGAGCAUGUCCCUCGAAGGACAAGAUGCAGGUCGCAAGAAGCGAGGUACCUUGAAAUACGGCGCAGAUGAUGGAUCUCCCAUUGAAGCUGUCUACGACUACUCAGAGUCAUCCUCGGAUGACGACGAACCACCAGAGGCCACUGGACAGAUCAAAGUGGCCAUGUUCCGAGUCCUCGCCUCUGGAGAGAUCAAGAAAGGGGAGUACUCCCCUCAGUUUGAUGCCCAUGACGGUGACGAGGAGGGAAGUACCGAAAAGAGUGGCAUAGACGCCGACGUUGAGCACACUACAAGCUUUGCCAAGCCAAAGACCCUGGAUCCAAAGACUAUCAGUACACAGACUGUGACCGGGAUUGAUGGCCCGGACAAACCUUUUGCGGUCUUCACUUUCUUUUACCGUGGUGAUCGUCAAUUACAAAAAAUUGGUGUCAUGCAAUCGGAAAAGACACAGACCCCGUCCGCAUCUGCUAAACGGCGAUCUGGUCAGCUAGACUUUUCCAACCUAGGCCCGUUGAAGGCUGGAGGAACUGUAGGCUUUUCUGCUUUCCGUGACCAUGUAACGGAAGCUUCACGACGCCGCAAGUCCCGCAAGAAGAGCAACGGACUCAUCGCUGAUGACAGCGACGAUGACGAUGACAGCGAUGGCUUAGUCAAUAUGGACCAAGGAGAUGAAAAAGACGAAGAUCCAAAGCUAGCGCCAGAGGAUGCGAAGUCGCAAGGUGAACUGGCCGAUGGAGUGAAUCGCAUUCACCUUAAGAGAGCACACUCAACCGAUCCAGACGCAAUUUCAUCACCCGGCACCCCGCAGCUCGGUUCAAACAACGAUACGCCCGGCGAGUUGGGCUCCAGUUCUGCUCAGCCGAUUCCGGUACCAUCGGGAAGCGCUCAUGCCAUUGAUGCCAUCUCAGCUGACGCUACUGUUGGAAGUCCCCUUAAGAAGGCCAGAGCAAGCGUUGACCAGAGCGUUUUUGGAGGCGACAAGUAUACAAAUACGCAAAGUCUGAGUGCUGCACUUGGCUCCGUCGUAUCGUCUUCUGCACCAAGUGUCAUUGCAGCUGCAUCGGAGCCGAAAUCGACGGCAACCGAGGAGGAAGAGUUGUAA